AUGGCCUUGGAGCGCUCCGAGCUUGAUGAGUCGAUUAGGUUGGAACUUGGCAUGUUGCACACAAGUGGCGAUUUUGACUUCUUCAUCGAUGCCAGCCAUGAAGACGGGCUGCUUGGUGGUGCCCCCCCCCCCCCCCCCCAUCCCCCUUACAUCUAUGCGGCACUGAGCUAUGUGUGGGGUGCCACCGCCGAUUCAUAUUUUCAGGCCAAGAAAAGCACUAUCGAGGCACUGGAAGCGAAAGGGUAUCUGUUCGAGAACCCUUUACCCGCUACCAUCGAGGAUGCCAUCUGCGCCUGCCGUGAUCUACAAAUUCGGUAUCUUUGGGUUGACAGGCUCUGCAUUGUGCAAGACGACGAGGGCCUCAAGAACGCCCAGAUCAAUGCGAUGGGUGAUAUCUAUCGCCAUUCUUAUGUUACCCUGGUUGACAUCGAAGGCUUGGACAUGAAUCACGGUCUUCCUGGAGUGAUGCAAGAUAGGGAUUGUGGCCAAAAGACAUACCGAACCCGGGAUAUGUGCAUGAAGAUUGAGCAGGCGCCAUACAGCUAUCUUGUACACAUGUCAAAAUGA